AUGUCGAACCUCAACUCAUGGGAAGACGAUCCUGCUGCCCAGGAUGAGAACCUGGCGCAGCAGACCCAGCAGCAGAUGAAUAUUGGCAACCAGGGCCAGGGGGGCUUCCGACCUGGCGCUUCUUCUUUCCAGCCCGGCGCUGCAUCCUUCCAACCUGGUCAAGCCUACGGUGGCGGGGGCUAUCCUCAGUACGGACAACAGCAGCAGCAACAACAGUACUAUGGUGGUCAACAGGGCUAUUACCCUCAAUAUGGUGGGCAGCAGGGCUACAACCAGCAGUACGGACAGCAAGGUGGCUACGGUAAUGUCUAUGGACAGCAGGGCAGCUAUAACCAAGGAUAUGGCCAAUACCCUGGAGGCUACCAGCAGCAAGGUCAACAGCAAUUCCAGCCUCAACAACAACAAGCCCCGAAGGCUACUCCAACAAUCGCAAAGAGGCCCACAGCUGAUGCCCCUGCGUCCUCCCCAGAUGCCCCAAAGCCGGUAGUUUCAAAGGAAGGAGGUGCAAAGGUUCUGAGCAUCGGUGGCGAUGCGCCGAAGCCAAAGGCUAAAGUCCUCUCGAUCGGCGUACCAGCAGCCCCCAAGGAAGAGCCGAAGAAGGAGACCGCCCCAGAAGCGCAACAGAGCAAGGACGAUACUUCAGCAAAGGCCGCAGAGGCUGAGGCAGGAGCCAAGGUCACUGCGUCGAAGGCCAUCGAGAAGACAGGCAAUGAGACAGCAGGAAGUGGCAAGACAUCUCCCAGCCCUUCCUCCGGUCGUUCAAGUCCGUCUCGUGGCGGUAAAGCAGCGGCUCGAGACGCCGACGCUGUUGAGAAGGAGCAAGCUGCAGAUGUUGACGACGAAACAUUGAAGGAAAUUUACGGCAAGGAGCACAUAAAUAUUAUCUUCAUCGGCCACGUCGAUGCCGGAAAGUCUACUCUGGGUGGUUCCAUUCUCUAUGCUACCGGUAUGGUGGACCAGAGAACAAUGGACAAGUACAAGCGCGAAGCCAAGGAGAUGGGACGUGAGACCUGGUACCUGUCAUGGGCUCUCGAUCUGACCAAUGAGGAGCGUUCCAAGGGAAAGACAGUCGAGGUUGGCCGAGGAUUCUUCGAGACGGAAAAGCGCCGAUACAGUAUCCUGGACGCUCCUGGCCACAAGACCUAUGUACCCAACAUGAUCGGUGGGGCCUCCCAAGCGGAUGUCGGUAUCUUGGUUAUUAGUGCCCGAAAGGGUGAAUACGAAACUGGAUUCGAGAAGGGUGGUCAGACUAGAGAGCAUGCUAUGCUGGCAAAGACUCAAGGUGUCAACAAGCUAAUUGUCGUCAUCAACAAGAUGGAUGAUCCUACUGUUAACUGGUCUCAGGAGCGAUACAAGGAGUGCACGACCAAACUCGCGCAAUUCUUGAAGGGCACCGGCUACAACUUGAAGACUGAUGUCUUCUUCAUGCCCAUCGCCGCUCAACAGACGAUGGGAAUUAAGGAUCGCAUUCCUAAGGAUGUUGCACCUUGGUAUGAUGGCCCCUCCCUCCUGGAGUAUCUGGACAACAUGCAGGCUUUGGAACGCAAGGUCAAUGCCCCCUUUAUGAUGGCUGUUGCUGGCAAAUACCGAGACAUGGGAACCAUGAUUGAGGGUAAGAUUGAGGCUGGUGUCAUCAAGAAGGGCAUGAGCCUUAUUAUGAUGCCGAACAAACAAAAUGUCGAGGUAACGGCAGUGUACGGCGAAACGGAAGAGGAGAUGAAGGUUGCACAAUGCGGUGAUCAAGUCCGGAUACGCCUUCGCGGUAUUGAGGAGGAAGAUAUCCUUCCUGGUUUCGUUUUGUGCUCUCCGAAGCGUCUAGUCCACAACGUCUCCCAGUUUGAGGCACAGAUCCGCAUCCUCGACCUCAAGAGCAUUCUCUCUGCAGGCUUCAACUGUGUACUGCAUGUCCAUGCUGCCAUUGAAGAAGUCACUUUUGCGGCAUUGCUACAUAAGCUACAGAAGGGCACCAACCGCAAGAGCAAAGUGCCACCAACACAUGCCAAGAGGGGCGAUAGCAUUAUUGCUCGUAUGCAAGUAAUUGGCGGUGCAGGAUCUGUCUGCAUUGAGAGAUUCGAGGACUACCCACAGAUGGGUCGUUUCACUCUGAGAGACCAGGGACAAACCAUCGCGAUCGGAAAGAUCACCAAGCUCAUCACAGACGAUGCUGCUUGA